GCGCCAACUCCGCCGCGGACCGCUGCGAGAUGGCGGCUACUGAGGGGGUCGGGGAGGCUACGCAGGGCAGUGAGCCCAGUCAGCCGGAGCCGCCACCGCCCCAGCCGCACCCCCCGCCGCCCCAGCAGCAGCAAGAAGAAAUGAUGGCGGCCGAGGCCGGAGAAACGGUGGCAUCCCCGAUGGACGACGGGUUCCUGAGCCUGGACUCCCCGACUUACGUUCUGUACAGAGACAGAGCGGAAUGGGCUGAUAUAGAUCCAGUGCCACAGAAUGAUGGCCCCAAUCCAGUGGUCCAGAUCAUUUAUAGUGAAAAAUUUAGAGAUGUUUAUGAUUAUUUCCGGGCUGUUCUGCAGCGUGAUGAAAGAAGUGAACGAGCUUUUAAAUUAACCAGAGAUGCUAUUGAGUUAAAUGCAGCCAAUUAUACAGUAUGGCAUUUCCGGAGAGUUCUCUUAAAGUCACUUCAAAAGGAUCUACAUGAGGAAAUGAACUACAUCACUGCAAUAAUUGAAGAACAGCCCAAAAACUAUCAAGUUUGGCAUCAUAGGCGAGUAUUAGUGGAAUGGCUGAAAGAUCCAUCUCAGGAACUUGAGUUUAUUGCUGAUAUUCUUAAUCAGGAUGCAAAGAAUUAUCAUGCCUGGCAACAUCGACAGUGGGUUAUUCAGGAAUUUAAACUUUGGGAUAAUGAGUUGCAGUAUGUAGACCAACUUCUUAAAGAGGACGUGAGAAAUAAUUCUGUCUGGAACCAAAGAUAUUUCGUAAUUUCUAACACCACUGGCUACAGUGAUCGUGCUAUAUUGGAAAGAGAAGUCCAGUACACUCUGGAAAUGAUCAAACUAGUACCACAUAAUGAAAGUGCAUGGAACUAUUUGAAAGGGAUUUUGCAGGAUCGUGGUCUUUCUAAGUAUCCCAAUCUAUUAAAUCAAUUACUUGAUUUGCAACCAAGUCACAGUUCCCCUUACCUAAUUGCCUUUCUUGUGGAUAUCUAUGAAGAUAUGCUAGAAAACCAAUGUGACAACAAGGAGGACAUUCUUAAUAAAGCAUUAGAGUUAUGUGAAAUCCUCGCUAAAGAAAAGGACACUAUAAGAAAGGAAUAUUGGAAAUAUAUUGGAAGAUCCCUUCAAAGCAAACACAGCACAGAAAGUGACCUACCAGCAAAUGUACAGCAAUAACACCACCUAGGAGAACUUGAUAGAAUGCUUCUAUUUUUUUAAGAGACUCUAAUGCAGGAGUUUAAAACUAGAACGAUCAUUACCUUUGCCUGUGGUGUAAAACAUGCAUUACACAGGUAUUGCUUUUUUAACAAGAACUAAGAAGGAUGUUCCUUGGGUGCUGCUGCCAUUCAGACUGGCUCUAAGUAACUUGAUUCUUUUAAAGCAAAGUAAUUUGUGGGGAGGGAGAAGAAACAAAGUCCCAUAAAGGAACUUUUGUAGUCUUAUCAACAUUUACUCUAAUCCCUUAGCAUCAGCUCCUCCCUGAAUGGGAUAUGCAUCAGAAUUUGCAGCAUUAAUGAUUGCAGAUAACUUGUAUGUAAUGGAUAUGAGAUAACUUAAAUUUCAGUUCAAGAAGCAAGGAAUGCAAUUGUUACAUUAGAGCUGCUAUGCCACACUCACAGUAUCUUGCUAUCACUGUAACCAACUAAUGCCAAAAGAAUGGUUUUGUAAUAAAAUUAUAGAUGUAUCU